AUGGCCAUCGCGGAGGAUUAUCGUCAGGCGGGAUCGGCCCCUGUUCCGGCAGAGGCCGUCUCGCCUCCCGUCUCGCUGCUGCGCAAGGUGCUCAACGUCGCCGGCUGCAUCGUCUGCCUCCCAAUCUAUUGGGUUGCCACCGUUCACUGCCGAUGGCCAGUGACACUCGAUCUCAUUUUAACAAUUGCUCUCACGGAGCUCACCCGGUAUGUCAACGAGGGGCGGCGCAUGGCCUACUAUGAGGAGUUCCGGCCGCCGGUGAUGCGGGACGACAUGGACCCGGAGAAGGCUGCGCUGGAACUCGAGCUGCUGUCGCCUUUCAGUCCCCAGUUGGACUGCAUGGCGGCCGUGGUGGGAUGGCGCGAGGACCCUGCGCUCUUCACCAGGGCGCUGGAGAGCUACAAGACGGCGAGGGGCUGCGUGUUUCUCAUGGUCGGCAUCGAUGGCGACGAAGCCCAGGAUCAGGACAUGGUUGACGUCUUUAACCUAGUCUAUCCCCAUCGAUCAGCCACCAUCCACGUACCGGAACCCUUGGGCGAAGUCGCCCAGCGCGUUCGUGAAGAGCAAAUCGCCAUCCGCCAACGACGAGGCCAGGCGGUCGACAAGGACGAAGUCGACCGCAUCGCCUUGGAGUACUGCGCCAAGCUCGCACGCGGUCUCAUCGCGCAAGCCGACAUCUCGCUCAGCGGCCCCGACGCCAUCAGCCAGCUCUGCAUCCGCCAGCGGCACCUGCACAAAAAGGGCAUCAUGUUCUCCACGUACAUCUUCUCCUUGGUCAUCGCCGAAGAGCUGGGCAUCGAGUUCCUCUGGAGCUCCGACUCGGACACCAUCGUCGCUGAGGACUCGCUGAGCAGGACGGUCGACACCGUCGCCGCGGACUCUGCCGUCGGGGGCGCGAGCUCGGCGCUUGUCGUGCACAACGGCCAGGAGACUGCGGUGACGAAGCUCGCCGAGACGGUGUACUGGGGAGAGCUGUACCUCACCAGGUCGCUGCCCGCGGCGACGGCGACGAGCGACUGCCAGAGCGGGCCGAGCACGCUCUUCCGUCUCGCCGCGCUGCCGCCGAUAUUGGUCCCCUGGUAUCUGCAGACGAUAUUCGGGAAGCGCAUGAUCAUCAACGAGGACCGCCAUCUCACGACCAACCUCCUCCAGCGCGGUUGGGGCAUCGUCUUCGCUUCCGACGUCCUGACAUCGACCGACACGCCGACGACCCUCGCGCGCUGGAUCCGCCAGCAGGUCCGCUGGGCCAGGGCAACGCACAUCGAAUCCCUGCUCCAACCGCGCGUCUACCCCAUGAACCACCCGCUGCUGUUCUACUCCAUGUCCAAGCGCGAGUUCGGCCCCGCCAUCGCGCUGCUCGCCGUGGUGUAUUACUUCUUCACCUCGCGACAGCUCAUCGCCAUCUCCGGGGCGGACCUGCUGCUGCGCUGCGUGACCGCCUUUGCGUACAACGUCCUGCGCAACCCGCACCGCCUGGAGCCGAGGUCCCUCAAGUGGGUGGUGCCGGGCAUGGCAUUCUACCACAUCCCGCUGCCCGCCGUGCACGUCUGGAGCAUGCUGACGCUGACGGCCGACGGCUGGGGCACGAGCAUGCGGGCGAGCGGCGAGAGGGCAAAGAAGGACAGCGUCAGGCAGGCGUGGUUCGAGACGGGCUUCUUUGUCGUCUGGAUGGGCGUCGUCGCAGGGUGCUUAGCGCGAUGGUCCAGUGAUCAUUUGUUCAUGAUAGACGGGGCUUGGAAAUCUUGCUUCUUCAUCAGCAGCGUGGCAUUUGCUUCUUAUACGGCCUGGCGACUAACGAUAUACAAGACGUCGUAA